CUCCCAGUACCAUCCAUCCUUAGUGCCUCCAAGUCGUCGGGUUUGUGGAAUCAAGAAGAAGAACGAAAACGACAGGAGAAAUGGCAAAAGGAGCAGGAUCGUUUACUGCAGGAGAAGUAUAAACGGGAACAAGAAAAACUGAGGGAAGAAUGGCUACGAGCUAAGCAAGAAGCAGAAAAAGAAAACUCCAAAUAUUUAGAUGAGGAACAAACUGUUAUAACCUCAAACACAAUCUCAGUCUCUACACGAGCUCCAUCUGCCUCCAGCUGGAGGGCAAGCCCUGAAGUGAGUACUCCUGAGGAGCCAGAAGGAGAUGGAGGAAGUGAGCUGGCAGCACACUUGCUGGCCAAGGAAGAAGAAAGGAGGCUUCAGGAGGAAGAAGCAGCCCUGCGUUUUGAGCGAGAAAGGGAACUCCAAGAACUAGAGCUUGAGAGACAACGUAAAGAGAGGGAACAGCAGUAUGCUGAGGAGCAGAGACGGCGAGCGGAGAUGGAGGAGCAGAGGCGGCGGGCAGAGAUGGAGGAGCAGCGGCGGCGGGCAGAGAUGGAGGAGCAGAGGCAGCAAGCAGAAAGGCAGAAGGAUAUGUCAGUGGAGACGUCUCAUUACCAAAGACGUUACGAACGCUAUGAAGUAUCUAAAACAACAGAGAACCGACCUGGCCAACCUCUCAUUGACAGGCAUUAUGAACGCUAUGAAUCUUCCAAAACCAUUGAGGAGCGACCUGGUCAGUCAUUUUCUGACAGGUAUGUGUAAUACUGAAGUUCAGCA